UACAAGAUAUCUGACCCCACACCCUAAGAGCAUAAGCAGACAACUUUCAGCGUUCAUAAAAUGAGGUACGAAUCAGUCUGGUUGUUUCAGGCUCUCAGUCCAUAAGACAAGUAUCCAUCAUGCGUAGAUAAUUAUCAAAUUCACGCCAUUUUAAAGCAUAUCAAUAUACUUUUUGUUUAUUGGGACGUUUAAAAUAAAAUGUAAUUUUUCUUUCAGUACGUGAGUAUGUUUCGCGAUUGUUGCACUGGCCCAAGCGCGGACAAGAGAGGCUCUAUGUCUCUACGACUCAAGUAUUUGUUUCUUCUGGCCACUGUUUUCGGAGGGAGCUUUCUCAUUAUAUCCAUCAACAAGAUUUCAGAAACUAGAUAUUUUCUCAACAACGAUGCAUCUAUGGACUAUCUUCCGGAUCUAUUGCGUACGAGUGUGUUUAAUCAAAGUUAUACAAUAAAAACUGAAGGGUGCACAAUACCUGCUUUAAACUAUCUGGGGGAAGAAGUUAGAAAUCUGGUCCAAUAUCCAGAAAAUAUAAAACCUUGUCCGAACUCCAGUCUUGCGCUAUUAGCCAACAAUAAAACCCACAUCUGGGUAAGAAACGAAAACAAAGAAUACUACAAUUUCACCAGCGACAAAAUGUUCGAGUGCUGCUAUAAAUCAUUCUCCCGUCCUGUAUACAUCCAAGACAUCACGGCAACAAACGUCGACAAUCGUGUUAAAUAUAGUGAGUGCAAAAAAUUUACGAAUAUUAUUGACGUGGAUGACGAAUUCGUUAAAAUUGAAUGCAAUGUAGACAACGUGAAACUGUAUGAACAAUACUUCGUGUUCACACCAAAAAAGAAGCUCAGCUCAUCCAAUAGCAACCAAAACAACAGUACUGCGUACAAUGUUAUAGUAAUGGGAAUUGAUGCUGUAUCAAGACUUAACUUUUACAGAACCAUGCCGAACACAUUAUCAUUUUUAAAAGAAAACGGAGCUAUUGAGUUACUGGGCUACAAUAAAGUCGGAGACAAUACUUUUCCGAAUCUAAUACCUAUGCUAAUGGGAUUGCCUGUGGAAGCCUUAAACAUUACUUGCAUUCCGCAUGAAGGGUCGCAUUUUGACAAUUGUCCAUUUCUUUGGGAAUAUUUCAAGCAGGCGGGAUAUUACACAGCUUUCGGUGAAGAUAGCUCCAGUCUUGGAACUUUUAACUAUGCACAAGGUGGAUUCAUUGGAACUCCUACUGAUUACUAUUUACAUACAUUUAUUAACGAAGCAGAACGCAAUGUUGGACUCAAUAAAGAUUUCAAUUCUCUUUUGUGUAUGAACGACAAAUAUUUCUAUAAGGUGCUGUUGGAUUAUAUAGAAAAUCUCACGCUAACUUUAAAAUCGAAGAAACUGUUUGGAUUCUUUUGGGAAGUAACAAUGAGUCACGACUACCUCAACUAUCCAAUGAUCAUGGACCACGAUUACACAAAUUUAUUGAAAAGACUACAAACCACUGGUUAUCUUGACGAUACUAUUUUAAUUCUUGUAAGCGAUCACGGUAUACGAUGGGGUAAAAUAAGAUCAACCAACCAAGGACGGUUAGAGGAAAGGUUACCAUUUGUGUACAUUUUAACACCGCCCACAUUUCGCAAUAAAUACCGACUAGCGCACAAAAAUUUAAAAAUGAACAGUCAUCGUCUAACUACACCGUAUGAUAUACACGCUACUUUACUUGAUCUCAUUAACCUGGAACAAAUAGAAAACCGAAUGAUAGAGCUUCGCAGCGAUCAAUCAUACGGGACCAACAAUGGUAUAAGUUUGUUCUUACCGGUACCUACAAACCGCACGUGUGCUGUGGCAAACAUUGACGAUCAUUGGUGUAGUUGCCACAAGGGGAAAAAGAUUUCUCCUACGAGUGAGAUAGCGUUGGAGCUCGCUGGACAUUUAGUACAAGAAUUGAACUCUCUUGUCCAAGAUCACAGCCAAUGUGCUCGCUUGAAACUAGUAGAAACUGUAGGAAUAACGGAAAUGGAAGUUAGUUCGCCGGAACAUGAUUUCGAAUGGAAAGAAUACAUGGUUGUGGUGAGGACUGAGCCCGGUUAUGGGGUGUUCGAAGGCACGCUACGUAAUAGCAGCGACGUGUGGUCACUAGCCGGCUCUGUCAGUCGGAUUAACCUUUACGGCACUCAGAGUCAUUGCGUUAACAAUUAUAUACUUAAACUUUACUGCUACUGUAUCAAACAUACGUAGCUUGCAUUUUAUUUGUCAGAAAGUGCAGUACGCGCGUUAAUGAGAGCUUGCCGAGAGUGGAUAGGGUAAGCGUGUUGCCUAUUCAGAUUUAUUAUUGUGUGCAGCCAGAGCCCAUACAUUUUCGCGUGAACUUAGGCCUAAGGUAAGGCCUAUAGUCUUGGUAAAAUUCACUGUCUUUUGUCCAAUCGCAACGAACGAGAGAGCGAUAUUACCGGUUCGGCGCUUUUGUCGACAAUUUUGUCCUCACGAGAUAUGUCGUGGCGCGCAUAGGGCCUAUAACCCUAUAAGCAAUAUGGUACGAGUCUUGGUACGAGUACGAUAAAAUGAUUUAAACUUCAAAGCACAAGUAUCUACAAAUGUUGUCCAUAUCUAUCUUAAGAAAAUCUGUUAAAUGUAAACACAAAUGACCUUCGAGAUUAAGCUUAUUUUAAGCUCAGCGUGUAAAACUAACUGUAGUUUAGUUAUAGAUUUACAAUAAUCGAGUUAAGUUUUCUAGUCAAUUCUACGAAUGUUUGUUUGUAAAUAUAUUUUAUUAAGUAUUACCU